AAUCAGCAUGCAGCUUUGAACAACUGCUGUAGAGCUCCCGGCGCAGUUGCAGAGCGUUCGUUAAUUUCCGUUUUUUCAAAUCCUGAAGCAAUGGCGGCCGAUGUGAAGUGCGAAACAGAUACAUCGUCGAGGAUGUCAGCGUACUUUUCCCAGUUGUUGCUCAUGAUCCGCCGGAAUCUCCUCCUGAAGCGCCGAUCCACCAAACUGGCCAUCCUGGAGCUCGUGGUGCCGACAUUCUUCCUGAUCGAGUUCAUCUUCCUGGGCUGCCUGAUGUCCGCGCGCAACGAGGCCUUCCCGGCAGUCCCCGAAUUCGUGGAGGAGCCGCUGCCGUACCCGGGCGUUCCCUUCCGCGAGUACGGCAGCUUCUACGCCGUCGGCUACACACCGGACAAUCCCGCCGCCGCCUUCAUCCUCAACUACACCAGCGUCUGGUGGAACCGGCUCAACACCUCCAACGCCCUGUACACGGCCGCCUUCCCCUCCGAGGAGGACGUCGACAGCAUCUACCUCAACGACACCUUCCCGGCCAUCGGGCUCGUUUUCCACGACGCCACCUUCCGCUCCUUGAAUUAUUCCCUGCGCUUCCCCAAUCAGUGGUUACCGCCUACGUCUCGCCCCUUCUUCCGCUACGGCCUUGCAUCUUGCCGACCGUACAACACCACCACCACCGAUCAUCCCAACAUGUGCCCGGCCAAUUCCUAUGCGUUGGCAGGAUUUACUGCUCUGCAGAAUCUCAUCUCCACCGCUUACACAAUUUGGAAGAGCAACGGCACCCUGGCCGGCCUCACCCCGUUGCACCUGACGACAAAACUGAUGCCGACGGAGGCGACCACGGUGCUACGCGGCGACGCCCAGCUAGCCGGCAUCCCGGCGCAAUACCUAGCCAACCUACUGGGCUUCUACGUGAUCUUCUUGGUGAUCGGCGUGGUGACGGAGAAGCAGCGCCAGCACAUCCACAGCAUGCGCCUGAUGGGCCUGCGCGGCUCCGUGUACUGGUUGAGCUGGCUGCUGAUCUACGCCGGGAUCAUGCUGCUGGCCUCCGUGUCGGCACUGCUCCUGGCGCGCUACUUGUCCAUCUGGCCCCGGAGCAGCUUCCUGCUGCUGUUGCUCGACUGCAUGCUCUUUGGGCUCAGCGUCAUCGCGCUCGGUUUCUGCAUUUUACCACUCGUCCAACGACCGUUGAUUGCCGGGCUGAUGACCUUUGCCUUGAUGGAGAUCUUCGGGUUUCUCUACCUGGCCGAAGUGUUUGCGCCCAUGAUGGCGGAAGCCGGGAAGUGGGGCAUGGCGAUCCUUUCGCCGGCGGCUUUCUUCAUGACCUUAUCACGGGUUGCGAAGGCGGAGGCUUCCGGUUGGGGAAUCUCUUUCGAGAACGCCAUGGAUGCUGACGGUAGCGGGUCGGCAGCGCCGUUCUCCUUCGGAUUUGCCCUCAUCAUGCUGUUGGUUGAUCUCGGAGUGUACAGUCUCCUGGCAGUCUAUCUUGCCAAGGUGAUGAUACUGCCAAGUUGUUGCCGUGGUUCUUCCUGUCACCUUCCUAUUGGUGUCCUGUUAAACAAACGGAAUCCUUUACCCCGGCCAGCUACGAUGCCAACAUCCGGCGGCUUUUCGAUACCGGCGACGUGGAAAUUCCUUCGGACAAACUGCGAGACAACCGCAGUGAUUUUCGAUGAUGUCCGUAAAGUGUACGCGCAACCGAAAGGUCAUCCGGUAGCCGCGGUGGACAGCUUUACCUACGAAGCGUACGAGGGCGAAAUCCUGGCGAUCCUCGGCCAUAACGGCGCCGGCAAGAGCACCCUCAUCAACAUGCUCACCGAUCUGACCGCGCUCACUUCUGGGACGAUUCUCGUCUACGGGAAGAACGUCAGCGAUCCGCUGCAGUUGCGCCAGCUAAGGCGUACGAUGGGCGUGUGCCCGCAGAGCAACGGCGUGCUCUUCGACACGCUGACAGUGCAAGAGCACCUGCAGUUCUACGCCCGACUUAAGGGUUAUUCGAACGAGGUCGUUGCGGAGAAAUGCCGGCGGGUCUUGAAGGAAACCGGGCUGGACGCGCAUGCGACACAGCCGGCGCAGCGACUAAGCGGCGGCCAGCAGCGGCGCUUAUGUUUAGCGGUGGCGGCCAUCGGCGAUCCCCGCUUACUGGUGCUGGACGAACCGACGUCCGGCAUCGACCCGUACUCGCAGCGGCUGAUAUGGGAGAUGCUGCGCGGGAUGCGGACCGACCGCGCCAUCAUUCUGACCACGCAGUCCAUGGAGGAGGCCGAUAUCCUGGCGGACCGGAAGCUGAUUAUGCGCCGCGGACGGUUGUGCUGUGCCGGCACGUCCUGGUUCCUGAAGAAGCGCUUCGGACAGGGAUACCACCUCACGGUGCUCCUUGACAAGGACGCCGAUGAAGCCGAUGAAGCGGCGCUGACACAGGUCGUGCGGGAGUUUGUAGCGGAGGCGGCACCGGGGCGGUCGCACGCGGCACAUGUGACCUUUGUCUUACCCAACACCGACACGUCCGCGCUGGCGCGACUCUUUCGCUACCUCGACGACAACCUGCAGCUGUUAAAGGUCAAGAGCUACGGUGUGUCAUUAAGCACGAUGGAGGAGAUCUUCCUUGCAUUGACGGCGGAAGCGGACGACGAUACGAACACCAGGAAAAAAGCCGGCAUCUGCGAUUCGGGUUUGACUUCCACCGUCUUCACUGCAGCGGAUUCCGGUGACAACAUUCCCUGGUGGAAGAAAUUUACAUACUUAGUCCGUGUGCGACUGUUGUUAAUGCUACGGUCGCGGCUGUCGCUGGCCUUCCACGUGGUCAUCCCGGUGAUGCUGCUGUUAAUGAACGGCGGAAUGUCCAUUAUGUCGGCGCAGUGGAAGGCCAAGCUGUUGGGCUUGGAGCCGCUUAAUUUAAACGACAUCGGCGACGAAUUCAUUUCCAGAAACGCACGCUACUUCGUAGACGAUCGUGCCGGAGCGCACUUGGAUCAUUUAGUCGAGCAGCUGAACCGAAGCCGGGUUCCCUUCGAUACAAUGCCGUACCGGGAGCUCCCGUCCUCUCCCAACCACGCCGGAGGAUUUAUAAUCCACAACUCUAGUGCGAGCGAGCAAGGUUUUGCCGCCAGCCUCGUAUACAACGGGACGUCGCAGCACGGUUUGCCGUUCAGCGUUAAUUUACUGCUAAACGCCGUGCACAACUGGCUGACCGCCGCCAACGAAACCUUCACCGUCACCAUCCACCCGUUCCCGGCGCUAAAGCCCGGUUUGGUGCAGCUGCUGCUGGACACCAUGCUGGGCUCGCUGCUCUUCAACGUGGCCGUCGUCCUGAUUCCGGGCGUUUACGGCGUGGACAUGUGCCGCGACCGCGAGAUCGGGAUGCGCCGGCAACUGCGGAUGACCGGUUGCCCGGCGGCGCUGUACUGGACCAGCGCCUUCCUGGCCCACUGGCUGCAUUACGCGGCGGCCUUUGCGUUUAUGCUCGGCCUGCUUUUCGCCUUCAGCGUCGCCGCCUUGACCCAGGCCGUGGGGGCGCUGCUGCUGCUCUUCCUGCUGUACGCGCCGGCGGUUAUUCUCGCCGCCUACUGCUUCUCGUUCCUCUUCGCCAGGAUGGACAUGGCCGCCGUCGGGAUACCCUUUCCCAUCGCCGUAUUGACCUUUCUGCUGUAUUUGAUCGUGUGUGUAUUGGACGCCUUCGGGGAAGCUGGUAGUGCGCAGACGGUCCACUACGUCUUGACCUUUCUCUUCCCGUUUUAUGGAUUCUUUGGCGCCACUUUCUACCUACAAAAGACGGGCCAGAACAGCGCCAACAGGGGAUACUUUGAAUGGAGCUCCAAUAUUCCCGUCGUUUUUAUCGCGCACAGCGUCCAUAUUCCGCUGUUGAUCCUGCUAUUACGCUAUCUGGACGGCAGGGACAUGCGCCCGGCGCCCUCUUCCGGAUGCCUAUCACCGGUACAAAGCGCGGAAGACCCCGGAGCAAGACCGGAUCAGGACGUGGAGGACGAGCGCGUUAUCGCCGGGAAAAUUGAUCCCGAAGCGGAAAGCAAGUCGUACUCCGUGUUGCUGCGUUCGCUGUACAAAUCCUACAACAAGCGAUGCCGGUUGGCCAGCGCCCUACGGAAGCAGAGCAUCAGCGAGCAACACGUCGCCGUCCGCGAUUUAUCGGUGGUGGUGCGUCCGGGAGAGAUCUUCGGAUUAUUAGGACCCAACGGCGCCGGGAAAAGCAGCACGCUGUCCAUGGUCACAGCCGAGGUGGCCGCGAGUCGCGGGGAGGUGCACGUCGCCGGCUACAGCGUAACGGAGGAAACGCAGCGGGCGAUGCAGUGUACGCGCUACUGCCCCCAGCGUGAUCCGCUGUGGGAUGACCUUAGUCUGCGGGAGCACCUUCAACUCUUCGCGCUGCUUAACGAUGUACCGCAGCAGCAGCAAGCGGACUACCUGCACACAUUAACGGACGCUCUGCAGCUGCGCGAGCAUCUGGACAAGCGCGCCUGUCAAUUGAGCGGCGGCACUAAACGCAAGUUGAGUCUGCUGAUCAGUCUGAUCGGUCGCGCGCCCCUUCUGCUGCUAGACGAGGCGACCACCGGCCUGGACCCGCAUAGCAAACGUCGCGUGUGGGGUCUCCUCCGCGCCGCGGCCCGCGGGCGGGGCGUCCUGCUCAGCACGCACUCCAUGGACGAGGCCGACGCCCUGUGCGACCGCAUCGGCAUCCUCGUCAACGGCCAACUGCAGUGCCUCGGCUCGGCGCAGCACCUCAAGGACAAAUUCGGCUCCGGCUACCUCCUGCAGAUUAAAACGCCGCACCUUCCGCCGCCUGGCGAUCAUGACGACACUACGGACGCCCAGACAACGAUCAUCACGGCCGUCCAAAGAGAAUUCCCGCACGCGCGUUUACUGGAGGAGGCGGGGCAGUUGGUGACCUUUGCUCUGCCCCGGGAGGAGCUGCCGGCGCUGGGCACCGUCUUCCUUCAGCUGGACGCAUUGCAACAGCAGUUGCAAUUGGAAGAGUUCGGCAUCAGCCAAACGAGCCUGGAACAGGUGUUUGUCCGCUUUGCCCGCAUGCAGACGGCAGCCGACGCUCUCCCGGAUUCGCCGGCGUAAAUCGCUGCUCCUUCCCCGGUCGCACACCGCCCAGUGCUGCGAUUUCCUGAACGGAUAUCUUUCGUUAAUAACCCGUUUAUUUUACUGCUUGGUAUAAAUACGAUUACAUGUGUUAUAAAUACGCAUGUACAUAUACAUAUUCA